AUGAAUUGGCCUGGCGGCCACUGGGCUCCCCGACCCCUGCCCGCAGCGCUGGCUGGCGAGGACUGCCUUUGGUACCUGGACCGGAAUGGUUCCUGGCACCCGGGAUUUAACUGCGAGUUCUUCACCUUCUGCUGCGGGACCUGCCACCAGCGCUACUGCUGCAGGGACCUGACCUUGCUCAUUACCGAGAGGCAGCAGAAACGCUGCCUCGCCUUCAGUCCCAAGACCAUAGCAGGCAUCGCCUCAGCUGUGAUCCUCUUUGUUGCUGUGGUUGCCACCACCAUCUGCUGCUUCCUCUGCUCCUGUUGCUACCUGUACCGCCGGCGCCAGCAGCUCCAGAGCCCAUUUGAAGGCCAGGAGAUUCCAAUGACAGGCAUCCCAGUGCAGCCAGUAUACCCAUACCCCCAGGAUCCCAAAGCUGGCCCUGCACCCCCACAGCCUGGCUUCAUGUACCCACCUAGCGGUCCUGCUCCCCAGUAUCCACUCUACCCAGCUGGGCCCCCCAUCUACAACCCUGCAGCUCCUCCUCCCUAUAUGCCACCACAACCCUCUUACCCAGGAGCCUGAGGAACCAGCCAUGUCUCUGCUUCCCCAUCAGUGAUGCCAACCUUGGGAGAUGCCCUCAUCCUGUACCUGCAUCUGGCCCUGGGGGUGGGCAGGGGUCCUCUAGUCACCAGGCCCCAGACCAAGCCAAGUCCUGGGCCCUACUGGGGACAGAGCCCCAGGGAAGUGGAACAGGAGCUGAGCUGAAACUAGGCCAUGAACGAGGGGUUAGGGGGAGGGGUUUGGGACUGAUGGGCUAUUUUUACUGGGGGCAAGGGAGAGAGAUGACAACCUGGAUCACAGCCUCUGUUUUCAAAUAGUCCCUCUGCUCCUAGGAUCCCAGCCAGGAAGGCUAAGGCCCUUCUGUUUGCCCUCUCCUGACUGGGCUGGGGGCAGGGAGGAGGCUCCAUCAGCAGCUGGCAGUAGCCCUCCUCUCUGGCUGCCCUAGUGGCCAGGGCUCUGGCCCGCUGGAUUAAAACUGUAAAGACAGAACUUGUAAUUCACGUCAGUCGCAUCAUUGGACCCAUUCACACCUUCCAGGAGCACUGCCUGGGCUCAGACUGCUGCUGGUUUCACAUUCCAAGAGCAGGAGAGGGUUAGCACCAAGGCUGGAGCAGAGCACCACCCUCACCCCCAUCCACAGGCACAACCAGGCAGAAGGGUCCAAUGAGGUGAAUUUUACUGCAGCUCCAAGAAGGUGCUCAUUUGUAUUACAGAUUCCCUGCUAGGGAUCAGGCCUUUGCAACAUCUGAGGCACUAACUGCCUUUCCCAUUCAGGUACCCUUAGAUUUAAAUUUGGGUCCCACUCUCUGACUUUGGUCAUGUUUCUGAAGGUCUCCAAGCCUCAGUGUCCUAAAUAGAAUGGGGAUAACAUUAAUACCUUACAGCUGUCAUGAGGGUGAAAUAUUAUGUACAUGAAACUGUUAGUCCUGUCCUUUUUCCUGAUUAGUGGUUCUAAGACUAGGAGCCAAGUAAAGAGACUGAUGCAA